AAAACAUAAAACCUAUUGUCUGUGGUUUUUGGUCUGAUGCAGUUUCCACUAUUAUACACGUGAAGUAUUGCAAUAAUUUAACGAAGUGGAAAAAGUGACUCUGAAUAAAUACGAUUUGGUGGAAGCUAAGUUGCUUGAGCUUCAUUAUGUCAGUUCUUUCAGCUGCAACUCAACUUGUUGCAGUGCAACUUCAUUUAAUAAUAGAAGAACAAGGAGGGGUAGAGGGGGAGGAGGAAGAGGUGGAGGAAGCAAUGAGGGACACUGCAAGACCACUUCUGCGCCAAGAAGUCACCCGCCGCCGGCUUCGCAGGCCGAGAGUCUUCAAGCCGAGGACAAAUUUCCUGGACAUGUCAGACCAAGAAAUUCUAAAGAGAUUUCGCCUUGACAAAGCUGCCAUUCUGGAACUUGGUGACAUUUUAAAGUGGGAUUUGGAGAGUCGAACCCGCAGAUGCCACGCUGUACCUCACCAUUUAAAGCUCUUGGGAGCAUUAUCCUUUUAUGCCAAUGGGUCAUUUCAAAGGCUUAGUGGUGACCAACUUGGACUAAGUCAAUCCACCAUCUCCAGGGCAGUAUGUCAGGUCACUGAUGCUUUGGUCAAGAAGGUGACUGAUUAUAUUUCCCUUCCUUUGACCUCUCAGCAGCAGCUUAAAAUACAAAAAGAAUUUUCUGACAUUGCUGGCUUCCCCAGGGUACUUGGUGCAAUUGAUUGCACUCACGUGGCAAUCCGGGCACCUUCUCAAGAUGCUGACCUGUAUAUUGGUCAAAAGAAAUCACAUUCCGUCAACAUGCAGGUGAUUUGUGAUGCAUCCGGCAUUAUCUGGAAUGUUUGUGCGAAAUUCCCUGGUUCAUUUCAGGAUUCUUAUAUCUUGUCUGAAUCCUCGAUAUACAAGAUCUUCGAAGGCAAUGAUGCCCCAGAUGGCAUUUUAUUGGGUGAUGCAAGCUACAGUAUUAAACCUUGGCUCAUGACUCCCAUUGCCAAUCCCCGGACCCAAGCAGAACAGAAAUAUAAUGAAGCGCAUUCCUCUACUUGGAAAGUCAUCAAGCGAACCCUUGGUUUAUUAAAGACAAGGUUUUGCUGUCUUGAUCAAUCUAAAGGUGUGCUACAGUAUAACCCUGAGAUGGUGUGUAAAAUCUUUGUGGCAUGUUGUAUGCUUCACAACAUUGCAGUCCGUCGGCAGUUAAUAAACAACCAGGACGGAAUCCAUGCUGAGAAGGCGGAGGGUUUAGAUUCACAGGAGGAUGCUCCAGGCCCUGUAUCUGAACUGAAUACUGAUGAGGAUGGCUACAGAGUUCGUAACCAACUUAUUAACAAAUGGUACUCCUAAUUAUGUAGGCCCUGGAAAAACUUAUCAGAAAGGAGAUGUCUAUACAAGCAUUGUCAAUGACACGCAUUCAUUUCUGGCUUCCAUUACCGACCUUCAUUCUAGACAUGACCCAAACAUAAACAUUUCAUCCCGAUUGCUUGGCAUGUGACUUGUUGCAGGAAAGUAUGAGCAUUUUGUACAUUCCUUUCCUUCCCCCACCCAGUGUGUUUUGCACCUGCUUACUCUGGAGUAGACUGAAAAUAGUAAUAUAAAUGUGUUGCAUGUAAUGUUGAACGGGUUAACUAUCACCUAUACUCUUGGUAUGCGAGGAAGGAUAAACUAAACACUAACAGACUGAGGACAAGGGGACCUUUGAUGCCAUAAUAAAGAAUUUCUUUUCUUAAGGGUUCACUGUGCCUUUGCUGUAACAUUUAUUUUUGUAGUCCUUGUAAAUUAAUUGUUUUCUUUAUAGUUUAGGGACAUGAGGUGUUAUGUACUAUAUGUUUCUUGCAGACCAUUUUCAUACUAAUUUAGAAUGAGUUCUACAGUUGGAUACAAUAAUAAAGUAAACCUGAAGUGCAAAGUUAGCUCUUUCAUUAAAACACUACAAUUUUACUAGUAUUACAAUAUCU